UCAAAGUGCAAGGAUAACAAAUUAAAUCUCCUCAUUGAUGCCCAUUUUUUUUAACAUUGGAAACAAAAAGCUAUCAAAAACAGAAAAAAAAAAAUCAAUCACCUGAAAAUGGAAGUUCAGAUUGUUGUCUUAAAAAGACCAGUUCUACUUUAGAAGACAUGGUACUGUAACACCGGUUAAGUCCCAACCACCCCCUCCUAUGGUGAGGCUGUGUUUAACGAAAAUGGCAGCCGUUUAUAGGGUGAUUAGAGACAAACCCUAAUGGGCCUAUUGGAAAGUAAACCCAUAUCUGGCCGAGAAAUAAGUAGAGGGAUUCGUUUGCUAUUCAGUUUCGGACUGGACUGGCUGAAGGCUCAAGCCUUUUUCAGAAAAGAGCAAUAAAUGUAUGGGACCUAUAUCUAUUUGAAAUGUCUUAUGGAACUAAAGCAGACUAAAGUUUUUGAGUCCAACGGUAAUAACCAAGUGCCGCCUAGCGCCUAUUCUAAGCUUUUGCAUGGUCUUGCUUAGAUUAUCUGGUGAUAUUUUCUGUCAUUGCAACGGCAACAUUACAUGAUGAUUGGUGGGAUAUUAAGAAGGCUAGCUUGAGUAAACCGUAGAAGCCAAAAGGCUCAUUCUUCGUUUAAGGUCGUGGAUCAAUUAAGUCCUCAUUAUCCAUUUGAGGUCGUGGAUCAAUUAAGACCACAAAUACAUCUCCAAAUUCGUGCCACAAAACCCAGAAGCAUAUACAUGGAGUCUUGCCGUCUCUCCCAAGAAAUACCUUUUGACAAAAUUAGCAUUGAUUGAACAAUCUAGACGCCAAAGGCAAAUUCAACACUUUCUUUCCUUCUGUCUGGUUAUAUAAGAUUCCUCACUGGUUUAUGCAUUCACUAAGUUUAAAUCUACUUUGAAUCCUCUAGUUAGAUCCUCAGGCUUUCUAAAUCCAACUUGUUUCUCCAACAUGGGUCUGAUUCUUGGUAAGAUCACUGUAGAAACUCCAAAAUAUGAAGUGGUUCACUCCUCAGCUGAUUAUGAAAUCCGAAAAUACCCUCCUUCAGUUGUGGCGGAAGUCACGUACGAUCCAUCUCAGUUCAAGGGGGACAAAGACGGUGGCUUUUCAGUCUUAGCAAAUUACAUAGGUGCCUUAGGUAAUCCGCAGAAUGCAAAACCUGAAAAGAUUGCCAUGACUGCUCCAGUGAUUACUAAAUCGCCCGGAAGUGAAAGUGAAAAGAUUGCCAUGACCGCUCCUGUGGUAACCAAGGGUGACAAAAACAUGGUGACUAUGCAAUUUUUGUUGCCAGCGAUGUACAAGGGGGCGGAGGAGGCACCCAAGCCAUUGGACGAGAGGGUGGUGAUAAGGGAGGAAGGAGAGAGGAAAUAUGGAGUGGUGAAGUUUGGAGGAGUGGCAACAGAUAAGGUGGUGGAGGAGAAGGUGGAUAACCUGAGGAAGAGCUUAGAGAGAGAUGGGCACAAAGUGAUUGGCCAGUUUUUGCUGGCUAGGUAUAAUCCUCCUUGGACUAUACCCGCUUUCAGGACUAACGAGGUUAUGAUACCAGUUGAUUAAGUGCUGAACUCUGGCUUUUGAGUUCUGCGAAGGUGGUUUGUUUAUUAUAUUUGUUUAGCUGUACUUUUUCUCACAAUUAUCAGUCUUCGCAGAUUGUGGUUAGUUUAUUAUACCAGUUGAGUAAGUGCUGAACUCUGGCUUUUGAGUUUUGUGAAGGUGGUUAGUUUAUUAUAUUUGUUUAGCUGUACUUUUUUCUCACAAUUAUCAGUCUUCGCAGAUUGUGGUUAGUUUAUUAUAUGAAUAUUUUGAAAUUUUUGAUG